UGGAUUUAUUCGUAAUGUGCAGUGGGUAGGAGUGUGGCCACAGCUUUCUAGGUGGCGCAGACACUUAGGUUUUCCCACUGCACGGUUGACGCAUCGCUCUCCUAAGGGCUGGCAAAAAUUCCAGAGCGCGGAUGUUACUGGGAGAAGAAGGGGCAGGUGGAGCUGGGCCCGGCGCUGCAUAAACAUCUGCCCUCUUAAUGAAUUUUCCUUGCGUGGCUGUUUUGUGCCAGGCGUUGUGCUGGGCCUCAUUUCUUCUUCCGACCUCUUUUUCGGCGGAAGAACAGAUCCGCUGUCUGACUUCGGAUAACCCCAACAGUACCCAUCUGGAGCCUGACUACGGUCAGGCGCUGGGUUGAGCGUUUUGAGUGUGUCACAUCAUUGGGUCCUCACGACGAACCUAAAAGGGAUUAUAAUCUCGCUGCUUUACAGGUGAGUAGACUUGAGGCUGCGGAGGAGGAGCGGCCAGGGCUGGGAUCUAAGUCUCAGUGUUCCCAAGCCAGCUCUUAUUCACUAACACUGGGGUGACGGUGCCGAGGUGGGGAAGAUUGUGGUGGGGUUCUAGGUCUCUGUGUCCACGGAGGGGUAACUCAUUCCCCCACGAUCCUGGGAACCGAGGCUGCGCUGAUGCUCUGUGGGAGAUGAAGGAGGUCCACACUGGCCAGGUCCCAGGGUAUCGCCUAAGGCGAUUCUCCCAGAGCUUCAACUUUCCUGGCAGUUCCCUACAUUUCCCCGCUUCUCCCGGGGCGAUUCAGCGUACCGUCACUCACCCGGGGGACCCCCGGAGCCGCCAGCUCUCCAAGAAUUGGGAGUUUCGCGAUGUUCCCUGCCCAGGCUUUGCGGAGGGCGGGGGAGUGCUGCAAGGGGCCAUCGCGCAAGUGCGGCUCCGGUCUCCACCGCAAACGGCGGGCCUCACCUGGGGCCGGAGAUUCCCGGAGAAGGCACGCCAAUAGGCGGACCUGGCCGUCCUGGCGUCCCGGCCCUCCCGGUCGCCCGGCUCAGAGACUCGCCGCCCCUGCCGCCCCGCCUGCGCGUGGGUGGUCGCUUUCCUCCGCUCCCCGUUUCUCUUUGCAGACGCUCCCCGGCGCCGAGAAUGGGCGCCGCCGCCGCCGUCGGUCCCCGGGCCAGAUUCCACGAGCGGUGCCCCUGAGGCGCUCAGCUGCUGGGGUCUGCAGGAGGCCACACCAUGAAUGACCGAAACAGCCGGAGGAGAACAGAGCCUCCGGAGCCUGCAUCCCCGACUGUGGCCCUGAUGAACGGUGUCAGGGCCCAGCUGCACAUGGCCCUGGAGAGGAAUUCCUGGCUGCAGAAGCGCAUUGAGGACUUGGAGGAGGAGAGGGACUUCCUGAGGUGUCAGCUGGACAAAUUCAUCUCCUCCGCCCGCAUGGAUGCAGAGGACCACUGCCGGGUAAAGCCUGUGCUCCGGAGGGUUGAGGGGGACGGCCGAGGUGGGGCUGGGGGCGAGGCCUCAGACCCGGAGUCGGCUGCCUCCUCGCUCAGUGGAGUGUCUGAAGAAGGCAGUAACAUCGAGAGGAAGAGGCAGAAGCAGAAAGGAGGCACCGGCCGGCGGCGAUUCUCGAAGCCCAAGGCCCGGGAGAGGCAGCGGGUGAAGGACGCCGACGGGGUGCUCUGCCGCUACAAGAAGAUCCUGGGCACCUUCCAGAAGCUGAAGAGCAUGUCUCGGGCCUUCGAGCACCACCGCGUGGAUCGCAACACGGUGGCGCUGACCACGCCCAUCGCAGAGCUGCUCAUCGUGGCCCCCGAGAAGCUGGCGGAGGUGGGCGAGUUUGACCCUUCCAAGGAACGUCUGCUGGAGUACUCGCGCCGCUGCUUCCUGGCCCUGGACGAUGAGACCCUCAAAAAGGUGCAGGCCCUCAAAAAGAGCAAGCUGCUGCUUCCCAUAACUUACCGCUUCAAGCGGUGAUCCCGCCCCAGCCCUGGUCCGGGACACGCCCUCCGGCCCCCAACUCCCUCCCCCUCCACCCGCCUGGCACCUGGCACCCCGAGCAAGCAAGCAAGCGCGUGCAAGAGUGGUGCACCCCUCACGAGGGUAUGGGGUAGAGUGGGUGGCUUGUUUCUGCGUGUGCCUCGCUCCCUCCCCUCCUGCGGACCGCCACUCCCACCCUAGGUACCCUGUGUAUAGAUUUGCCUCCCUUGCCUUCCCCAUUCCUAGCAUCUUCUCUUUCCUCAGCAUUCCCUGGGUUGAGGGGGUGGAUCGAUCCUCACUUUGCCAGGCUCCCAAGAACUACUGUCCAGGGGCUGGUUUCUACCCUUUCUUCAACACUGGCACCCCCUCCUCCCACUUGAGCAGCACCGUCCUGUCUUCACUGGGUCCUUCCUCCUGGGGUAACUGCGGGACUUUGCUGGCAGGGGCACUGUACAUACUCCGUCCCCAGCCCCGUAGAGAGGCUGGCCCACCUGCCCGCCCUGCAAGGAGCUCCCCACCCGCAUUCCGGGACCGCCCCAAAUCCAAGUGAGAUAGAGAAUUAUUCAGAGAAUUUAAAUUAAAAAGAGACGAUAAAAUUUGGAAUAAACUA